GUAAAGAGGGUUUUAGGAUUGACUGAAACUUGCCUUCUGGAAAGAGAUCCACAAACGUACUCAAUUGCAACACUCAGGCCUUUAUCCUCUAUUUAUGCAUUGAUACGCCAUCCCGAUAAUCCUCAAAAAUUCUUAAUAGAAUAUGUAAUGGGUCAAGUCCGUUCCUACACAUCUACUGACAGAGAUGCCCUUUUAGCGACACUAUUGGACGGUGUAAGAGCUUCUGGUAACUGUGAUAUCCAUGUCAAAAUGCAGCCUACGUGUAGGGGACAGCGCUAUGGUCCAUUUUAUCAGCCUGUUGAUGAAGAAAUAGAAACAAACCAUUUGCGUUUCCUAGUUUCAUUGCCAGUUCGCUGGGAUUUUAGUAGAGCUGUUUUUCAAUUUAACAACAAUGUAUCCUACAGAGGACUCAUUAACUCAAACAUUCAAGAAAAUAAAGAUAAACUCAUCCAGCCAGCACUGAUGGCCCUCUUAGAAAAAGAUGGUGACUCAGAAUCUUGCUCACCAGAAGUGUUGGAAGCUCAGUUUCAAUGCAUCAGGCGUUUAGUUGCAUCAAAAGUAGGAUUUGCCACUUUUACCAUGGUCCCUACGUUUAGAGAAAAAUUAGGAGUGAAAGUUGUUAAAGCUCUGAAGCGUGGUGAUACCGGCGUAGCUCAUGCCAGUGUUGAUAUGCUCUGUGCCCUUAUGCAACCCAUGCAUGAUGAUUAUGAUUUGAGACAAGAGCAGCUUAACAAAAGCUCUUUACUCUCUUCAAAAAAGUUCCUUGAAAGCUUGUUGGAAAUGUUUGUGGAACACACUGCAAAAGGAACUGGUGCUCUUGUUGUAUCAUCUAUGUUAGACUUUUUGACCUUUGCUCUCUGUGCCCCCUAUAGCGAGACAACAGAUGGGACUCACUUUGAUACUCUUUUGACUCUAGUGGCUGAUUAUGGUAGACAGCUGUUUCGUCUAUUCCAGCAUACUUCUUUGGCUAUAGUGAAAGGUGCUGGAUUGCUGAUGAAAGCUAUAAUUGAGGAAGGUGAUGCAGAAAUAUCGGCUAAAAUGCAAGAUUUGUCAUUGGCUGAAGGAGCGUUACCUCGCCAUCUACAUAUUGCUAUGUUUACUAAUAGCACAGACACGCGGCUACUAACAAUGCAACAGCUUUCGCGCCAUUUAGUCGGAUUGUGGGUAACUGGCCACCCCACAGCCAUUGGAUUAUUAAAAAGAAUAUUACCUGCUGGAUUACUCUCUUAUUUGGAUUCUGCAGAAAAGGUUCCAUUCAAAUCAACUGACUAUAUAAACAUCAGAGAUAAUUUGCAAAUAGCUAAUGAUCAAAGCCAAAACGAGAAGAAAAAUAUUCCACAAACUUUGCAAGAGUUGGAAAAAAUAAUCGAAAAACAAUUACAGUUUGUAUUAGAACAUUGGCGAACAAAAAUGGGCUUGCCAAAAAAGGAGCUGAAUAUUGGAACAUCUUGUGUUCCAGAGGAUAGAAUUCAGCGGCCUAUCGUUCUAAGAAAAAGACGGGAGAGAGUAAAAAAUGAAGCUAACUGGCAAAUGUUUUAUCAUCAAUUUAAUCAAGAUCAUAUAAAACCUGAUUUAAUAUGGAAUUAUAAAACGAGAGAAGAGUUGAAAGAUGCUCUAGAAAAAGAGAUGAGAGAUUUCAAUUCCUGUCGUGAGCUUGGACGAACCGUUACAAUUUCAUGGAAUCAUGUGGAGUUUGAAGUGCAGUACCCCUCUUUGAUGGAAGAGGUCAAAAUUGGUGAUUAUUAUUUGAGACUUCUUCUUGAGGAGGAUGAGAAAGACACAUCAGGAUCUUCUUACAUCAAGAAAUCGUAUGAAUUUUUCAACGACUUGUAUCAUCGAUUUUUGCUAUCGCCCAAGCCAGCUAUGAAGUCCAUGUGUUUACAAGCCAUGGCCAUAGUAUAUGGACGUCAUUUUGACGAUAUUGGUUGCUUUAAUGAUACUAAGUUUAUCAUUAACAUGCUAGAUCGGAGUACGGAUAAACUAGAAAGAGACAGGCUUGUGCUAUUCAUAGGAAAACUAAUACAUGACAAGAGAAAUGUGAAGGAAAUAAUGGAUUCUAAUGGUUUGAGAAUAUUAGUUGACCUUUUGACCCUUGCUCACCUGCAUACAAGUCGUGCGACUGUGCCCACUCAGACAAAUGUAAUUGAAGCUUCUCCUGAGCAAAUGCAAAUGACUGAAAAAGAAUGGUAUUACCGAAAUGCUGAAAAAGAAAGGCAUGGUCCCUUUGGAUUCAACGAGAUGAAAGAGCUCUAUGCAGAUGAAGUUAUUACACCCAAGACAAGGUGUUGGGCCCAGGGAAUGGAAGGCUGGAAACCUGUUCAUGCUAUUCCGCAACUGAAGUGGUGUCUGAUGGCAACAGGAACAGCGCUCAUGAAUGAAAGUGAUCUAGCCAAUGAGAUUCUAAGAAUGCUGAUCAAAAUUUGUGAAUAUUUUCCCAGUCGUGAUUUAGAUGAGGCAAUAAUACGUCCUCUGCCUAAAGCUAAACGUCAGCUCUCUGAUGCUACUUGUUUGCCUCACAUUGUACAGCUGCUGCUGACUUUCGAUCCCCUUUUAGUUGAGAAAUGUGCCGUUCUUUUGACUCAUGUUAUGCAACACAAUACUGACAUAUCAAAACUCUACCAAACUGGAUUCUUCUUCUUCAUCCUCAUGUACACCGGAUCCAAUCUGUUGCAGAUCGGUUCCCUUCUCCAGAUGUCACACUCCUGCCAAUCUUUCCGCUGCGAGGAGAAUAAAGCAUCUUCUAUCAUGCAACGCAGUAUUCUUGGACAACUGCUUCCUGAAGCUAUGGUUUGCUACUUAGAAAACCACGGGGCUGAAAAAUUUGCACAAAUAUUUCUGGGGGAAUAUGACACCCCUGAAGCAAUAUGGAAUAAUGAAAUGAGGCGUCUCAUGAUUGAGAAGAUAGCUGCUCACAUUGCUGACUUCACUCCUCGUUUGCGUUCCAACACUAAAGCUCUCUAUCAGUAUUGUGCAAUACCCAUCAUUCAGUAUCCUCAAUUAGAAAAUGAACUAUUUUGCAAUAUCUACUACCUCAGGCAUUUGUGUGAUACGCAAAAAUUUCCAAAUUGGCCCAUAAUGGAUCCUGUGAAAUUGCUAAAAGAUGUUCUUGAAGCUUGGAAACAAGAAGUUGAAAAGAAACCACCCAUCUUAUCUGUAGAUGAAGCUUAUGAAACAUUAGGCCUCAAAAGAGAAGACCAGCCAGAAGAGAAUAUGAUUCGGAAAGCGUACUUCAAGCUGGCUCAGAAAUAUCACCCUGAUAAGAAUUCUGAUGGAAGAGAAAUAUUUGAAAACGUGAAUAAAGCCUACGAGUUUUUGUGUAGUAAGUCGUCCAGACAAUGUGAAGGGCCCGAUCCGCAUAAUGUCGUUCUCAUUUUAAAGACCCAGACGAUUCUUUUUAGUCGACACAAAGAGGAUUUGCAUCCUUAUAAAUACUCUGGCUAUCCUAUGCUGGUCAAGACAAUAAAGUUGGAAACAAAUGACUCCCAGUUAUUCUCGAAGAGUGCCCCUCUUUUAGCCGCUGCUGCAGAAACCGCUUAUCACACUGUCAAUUGUUCUGCACUCAAUGCUGAAGAGCUGAGAAGAGAAUCUGGCCUGGAGGCAUUGCAAGAAUCAUUUUCUCGUUGUGUCGGAGUACUGAGUCGGUCGUCUACAGAGGACGACCUUGCUACCCAAGUCUGCAUGCACAUUGCACGAUGCUUUUCUGUUGCCGCUCAAUUUAGAGGGUGUCGAGAGAGGAUGAUUGAAAUGCCAGACAUGAUUCGUGAUUUGUGCAGAAUACUGUAUUUCAAUCACCUUACCAAAUUGUGCAGUGUUGUGGUAGAGUGUAUCAGUGUCCUCUCCCUCAGCGACGCUCUUCAAGCUCAUCUUUAUCAGGCGGGGGUCCUCUUCCAUCUCCUCAUCUUCCUCUUUAGCUAUGACUUCACUUUGGAAGAGGGGGGAGUACAGAGAGAUGAGGAAUCCAACAAACAGGAAAUUUCUAAUCGUCUAGCAAAGUUGAGUUUGCGUGCACUGAGCAGAUUGGGUGGAUACGGAAGUGAAGAAGACGCAACUCCGAAGAACGAUGCGGUUCACAUGUCCUUGACGGCAAUGCUAACACCCUAUUUGGUGAAUCAGCUUGGACAAUGCAAUGCAGCUGAAGUGUUGAAAAUAUUAAACAGCAAUACUGAAAAUCCAUACCUGAUUUGGAACAAUACAACUCGAGCUGAAUUAACAGAGUAUUUAGAAAAUCAACGCAAAGAUAAAAUACGGUCAGGAGAAUGUGAUCCUUCAUUUGGGGGUGACUUCAAAUUUUCUGCUCACAGUUCUGAGCUCAUUAUUGGUGGAAUCUUCAUACGUGUCUAUAAUGAGCAACCAAAUUUUUCUCUCCAAAAUCCAAAGCACUUCACUCUGGAACUCUUAGAUUAUUUGUGUUCUCAAGCGCAAUACCUUUAUUCCCUCAUGUCCCUUCAAUCAUCUGGUAUUAAGACUGAAACCAACCAGGCUCGGCUGAAAAGUGUUGAAAAUGCUCUUCAAGCACUUAGUAAUGUUAUAAAGAACAAUCCAGGUGUUGAAAUGCAGUGCAUUGGUCACUUUAAACUUCUUUUUAGCUUGCUUCGACUUGACAACUGCUCUUCUGUUCAGGCUUUAGCUAUCGAUGUAAUUGCUGGUGUUACUGGCAAUCAGGAAUGUGUGAAUGAUAUUGCUGCUAGUGAUGUUCUCGUUUAUCUCUUACUAAUCCUACAUUCCUUUAAAAUUACUUCUAGUCAAAUAACUGUGUUAGAAAUUCUUUUACCGCUGAUGUCAAAUGGCAAAUUAGUCAAAGAUGCAAUGAAUAAAGGUGCUGUGAUAUAUCUCUUAAAUCUUUUUUGUAAUGCAUCGUCGCCUGAUAUUCGUGAGCUAACAGCUGGCCUGUUAGCCAAAAUGACAUCGGAAAAACUGUUUGGGCCGAAAAUUCGACUGACUCUUUUGAAGUUUUUGCCAUCCCUUUUCAUUGAUGCCGUAAAAGAUUCUCCAGAAACUGCUGUUCACAUGUUUGAAGGAACCCAAGAAAAUCCAGAAUUGAUUUGGAAUGAUGAAUCACGGGAAAAUCUGUGCUCUAUUGUUGAAGAAAUGGCAAAUGAGCACUACAAAGUUCAAAAGGAUGAUCCUCAAAUUCAAUGGAAAGCUCCAAACGAGUCCUGCUUUGCCAUACCCGAAAGCCAAGUGGCCGGAGUUUAUCUACGUCUGUUUCUUCAGAAUCCCAAUUGGGUCCUUCGAAAGCCGAAGGAGUUUUUGACUGAGCUUUUGGAUAGACUCACCGAAACCAUGUCCAAGGACAGUGUAAAUAGUGAACUCCUGGAAACUUUAACUCAAGCAUUAGUGUGCCUCCUGACAGCUCAGCCAUCCCUUCUUGACCAAGUACCAGCUCUGGGACACAUACCUCGCAUUUUACAGAUCAUGUCCAGGCCUAACGAUGAAAUUGCCAGCUCCUGUCUCCAAAUUGUUCGACAAUUUUCAAAUUCCGAUAAUUGUAUUAAGUGUCUCUCUCAAAGUAAUUUCAUAAUUCCUAUGAUAAAAGCCAUAAAACGACGAAAUGAUCUUGUUGGAGUGGCCUGUGAAGCUCUUAACAACACCUUUCAACAUUCCAAUGACGACCUUAUGCUUCAGGCUGUUGAGGCUAAACUUGUGCCAUUUUUAUUAGAUUUGCUUGAAAAGAAAUUAGAAGGGAAUAGUUCAGCUGUGAAGGCACAGAUUGUUCAAGCUCUGAAAUCCAUGUGUCUAUCUCUACAGCACGGCAAUCAAAUAAGUGAACAGUUGGAGAAAUCAGAAAUAUGGGCAGAAUACAAAGACCAGAAGCAUGACCUUUUUAUCAGUGAAACACAAACCGGUGGAUAUCUUACAG